AUGAAGUCUGCCGCCGGCGGCGCUGCAGCUGCUCCAUCACCGUCAUCAUCAGACAAUAGCGCAAGGAGGAGGAGGGGGCGGAGGCAGCACCGGGAUCCCUCGCCGGCUACAGCCCAGGAAGGGGCAACCAAGCGAGCUCGGAGACACCCAGCCAGGCCCGGAUCUCCUCUUCCCGCUGGAAGUAGCAGAAACACCGGGGCGAGGGAGAGUUUGAGGUCCGCUGACGGAAGGGAGAGGGAGCCAGAGAGGCGCGGCGGAGCAGCUGUUCACCCGGAUGGUGCUGAAGCUGAUGUAGUCAGAGCAAACAGGGCGGAUGCUGUCGGGGAAGCUCCGACAGAUUCAUCAGCAUCGGCCCGUCGCUCUGUUUUACCCCUGCCCUGCCUCAAAGGUGAUUCCUCCCGGCCUUUGUUGCCCAGCAGAGGCUCGUUUUCCUUCCCCGCGGUGGUGAGAGAGGGGACACCCGGAGAGGAAGGCGGCAGGAGCCGGGAGAGAAGCGGCGCGUCUGCGGGCUGCGGCCUCGCCUCGUUGGGUCUGUGGAGAGGAGGAUGCUUGCAGGCUGAACUCAUCCAGUUCCAUCUGCAGAAGAGACUAAGAAGAAGCGGGGCGAAGAUGCAAACCAAGACCGAGAACAUGGGGCCAGAGGAGGCCGCAGAGGGAGAGCCGGGGCCGGCUGCAGAGGAGACAGAGGCGGGGUCCGUGACACAGCAGGACCAGGCCUUGGAGGACGAGGUGGAGAGGCUGCUUGACGAAAAUGAUGAUCUUAAGUGUGAAAUUGAGGAAAUGAGGGCCGAGAUGGACGAGAUGCGAGACACAUUCUACGAGGAGGACACGUGUCAGCUGCAGGAGAUGAGACGUGAGCUGGAGAGGGCCAAUAAAAACUGCCGGAUCCUGCAGUACCGUCUGAGGAAGGCGGAAAGGAAGAAGCUGCGCUACGCUCAGACGGGAGAGAUCGACGAGGAGCUGCUCAGGAGUCUGGAGCAGGACCUGAAGGUAGCGAAGGAUGUGUCUGUGAGGCUGCACCAUGAGCUGGAAAAGGUGGAGGAGAAACGCACAAAGACCGAGGAUGAGAAUGAGAAACUGAGACAGAAACUCAUAGAGGUGGAAGUGACCAAACAAGCCCUGCAGAAUGAACUGGACAAAACCAAAGAGAAGAGAAGAGGAAGCAAGGACAUCCAGAAGACUGACAGGAAACCAUCACAAACUCCUACCGAGGAGGUCAAUGAGGACCUUAAGUGCCAGCUAGCUUUUAUCAAAGAAGAAGCAGUGCUUAUGAGGAAGAAAACCGCCAAGAUUGACAAAGAGAAGGACCGUCUAGAGCAAGAGCUGCAGAGGUACCGCUCCUUCUAUGGCGAACUGGACAGCACCCAUCAUAAAGGAGAGGCUGGGGGUCCGCCCACCACCCGUGAGUCAGAGCUCAAGUUACGGCUACGCCUGGUGGAGGAGGAGGCCAACAUUCUGGGGAGGAAAAUAGUGGAGUUGGAGGUUGAAAACCGUGGGCUGAGGGCCGAGCUCGACGACAUCCGUGGGGAAGGAGAGGGCGCAGGAAGCUCUGAGGGCGGAGCGAUGGGUGGGUCUGGCUCAGGGCGAGGCCUUGGAGAUGACCUGACGGAGCUCCGACAGCAGCUGCAGCUGGUGGAGGACGAGGCAGAGCUGCUGAGGAGGAACCUGGCCGAUGUUGAAGAUCAAAACAAGAGAGUGACCACUGAGCUGAACAAGUUACGGUUCAAAGCCGGAACCCAUGAGGGAGGCAGCAGGCACGGGGGAGGCCUCGAUGGAGCAAAGGCGGAAGCCCUGCAGGAGGAGUUAAAGGCAGCAAGGCUACAGAUUAAUGACCUAAGUGGCAAGGUGAUGCAGUUGCAGUACGAGAACCGUGUGCUCCUAUCUAACAUGCAACGCUAUGACUUGGCCUCCCACCUCUCCCUGCGGCCCAGCCCGCGGGACAGCGACGCAGAGAGCGAUGCGGGCGGAGCCACAAGUGGUCGCCGUGAGAGCGAUGAGGACUCCUCCUCGCGCCUCGUCCCACCCCACCGCAAACGCGAGGGCCCUGUAGGUGGGGAGAGUGACCCAGACGAGGUCAGAAACACUAACGGAAGCAGCCGCUGCCUGACGCCCACAAGGGGCCUCUACACCCCCACCGGGCCUGAGGGUGCCGCCUCCUCCCCCUUGGCCCGCUUCCUGCCUGUUGGCCGGUGCAGCCUGCUCGAAAGGCAACACAUGACUGACAUCCGCAUGGAGGCUGAGAGGCUUGUUCGGACCAUUGACCGGCUCAUCGCUGAUACGGCCACGAUCAUCUCAGAGGCGAGGGUAUUUGUGACAAACGGUGACCUGAUGUUCAGGAGAGGAGGGGAGGAGGGCGGAGAGGAAGAUGGCAGCCGGAUCAGGGAACACGAGCUUCUGUAUCGUAUUAACGCCCAGAUGAAAGCCUUCCGGAAAGAACUGCAGACGUUUAUAGACAGACUGGAAGUGCCUCGACCCGAGGGCAGGGAGACAGAGGAACCACUGUCGAUGUUCCAGCCUAUAAUUUUGCUCAUCCUCAUACUUGUGUUAUUCUCGUCCCUCUCUUACGCCACCAUCUUUAAACUAGUCUUUCUUUUUACUCUUUUCUUUGUUCUGUGAUGUACGCCUCCCUUAAUUCACAUCAUUCCUUGUUUGUUUUUGCUCUGUUGUUUUCCAUUCCUCCCCACAUUCUUUGUUGCCAAGGUAACCAAAAGCACAGAAAAAGCUCAGCACUUGCCGAGGCUGCAACCACAUUCAAGAAAGUGCGGCUAGAUUCAACACCGCAGUCUAUAUUAUUCAUUACACAUCACUGUCCACGUCUAUCCCUAAAGAAGAAUGACACUUGAUGCACCACCCCCUGUUGUUGCCUCAAGUGUUUCCUGGCCAUUGAUCCCUGAAAACCUAGGGUAACAUCUGACAGUAAAGUGAAACAGGAGAAAGGGGAAAUUGGCAUUUAAAGGGGCCUCUGGGUAUUGACCGGCCUGCGUCA